GUGCUGAUGAAAGCGGUAUAAUGAUUCCUAUUGUGUAGCAGACACAACAGAUGUAUAAUGACAUUUCUAACUUUUAAGUCUGAAAGUUCGGUUGAAAGAGCUAUGUUCAUGUUUGCAAGUAGCACAUUUGUCGUAAUUUGUAUUUGUUUCGUUCAAGGAGUCGAAGGAACAGGGAAACAAUGGAGUGCCGACGAUAGAAUCAGUGAUCUUUUGUUUCGUUAUGGAUAUAGGGGAAUACCUAUCCACGACUUUGCAGAUAGAUACAUUUGUAAUAGCGAGAAUAGACACUUUUACUUCUUACUGAAAACAAAGUUUUGCGAAAUGAGCAUGAGCGAUUUGAAUGUUUAUCGGUUUUUACUGAAACUUUGCAAGGACCAAAGCAAGCAUGAGAAAUCUACUGUCUUAGAUUUUUUAGUGUCGACCUUCUUGGAUAUUGAUCGAGACGGACAAAUCACCCGCUAUGAAAACUUUGUACUUGAACAGUUUGAGGAUUAAUAUGCGAUAAAGGGAAAAGAAAACAGUUAUGGAUAAAAUGCUUUUUUUUCUCAGAUUCUCAGAGGAUGUACAUCUUCACUUGGCUAAUUCUCGACUAUAAUACCUAAAUAUGAAAAAGUUACCAUAAUUUGGUUCUUGUAAAAUCGAGAGGACUUUUUAAUGAAAACCUCAUUGGUCAAACAGUGGUUUUAUGUGUAUAAUUGUGAAACAUAAAGUGGUAUGUCGGAAAUUUUGACCUAUAUCAACUACGUUUCUGUUGAACUGACCACGUUGGGUGUCCAGACUCUUCCUCAGUUAUAAAGUAUAUUCGGAUGAACAUUAAUUUAAGGUGUUUGUAAUGUUACAUUAUUUUCGUUUGUUUUGUUACUGACUUAGCUGAAGAGAGCGAAUUACCAUUAAAGUAGGCUUGUAUACAGAA